AUGGCUUCUUCAUUGACUCCCAAGGAUGCAAAAAGCGUAGUUCACGGAGACAUUGCACCUGUUCAAAAGCCGAUGAAAACAUGGCAACAAAGGGAUGCAAGUCUGCGUGAUCAUGACUGGGAGCAAGGUCGAAAAAAUGCAGUGUCCCCAAUGGCCCAUCUAUUCUUAGAGACGCUAUAUCCGGAGAAACUAAACUUGCCCCUAACAUCGCCAUCAUCAGGACUUUCUGUCACUCUGUCUGGAAAAGGAGUAAACCUUGUCUACCUCUCCCACUACAAACCAGAAACUGUUUAUCAACAAUUGAAUGAAAUACUUUUUUUAAUGACCCAACCAUGUUUUGACAAAUACUUUAGAAAUCCUAACACAGGAAAACAUAAAAAUAACUUUCUAUUUGUCGUGGAUAACGGUGCAAACGAACAACCCGCAAGUACUUUAGUUCAAAUGUCUUUAGUCAGAUUAUGUAAUUUUCUCAGUCUGGACCAUGUAAUUCAAACUUCGUUUGCUGAAUAUAAUAGCAAAAGGAACUUUGUAGAAAGGGUAACCCUCCAGUAA